CCGCCGCGUUCCCCACACCAUCGCGAGUACGACUUGACAGCAUUCACCGCACCACCCUUUCCGCAGCAUACACUCGCUACUUUCAAUUUUUCGCACAUAGAUCGUACAUACCAGUAGCUUCAGAAUGGCCGACUGGGAUGAGGCCGAAGCCGCCGACCUAGCUCAACCAACAUCCUCAAUGCCCUCCAUGCCAUCCUAUAACGAACCCCGAACAUCCUUCGGCGCAGAACUGAAGGACGCAUUCAAGCCCACCGACGCAUGGGUCGCCCAAAACAACGCCUUCCUCACCGAUAUCCGGGAAUUCUACAAAGAACGAUGCGCAAUCGAGAAGGAGUACUCCCAGAAAUUGUCGGUGUUGAGUAAGAAGUACUUUGAACGGAAGGCGAAGAAAGCUAGUGUUGUGAGUGUUGGCGAGGAGCCGAGAGUUACGCCUGGGAGUCUGGAGAGUGCGACGAUGACGACGUGGACCAACAUCCUUGGUGAAGUCGAGAAUUUGGCACGAGAACGGGGGAGGUUAUCGGAAGAGUUGAGUCUGCAGAUUGCGGAGGGGUUGAAGGGUGUACAACUGAAGAGCGAGGACAUGCGGAAGAAACACGUCACAUUUGCCGAGAAGUUGUUGGAAGACCGCGAUAAAAUCUACUCCGAUCUCAAAAAAGCCAAAGCGAAAUACGACGAAUGCUGCCAAUCCGUCGAAUCCGCCCGCCGAAAACAAGAGACCGCAACCGACUCCGCAAAAGCCCAAAAACACUUCCACCAAUAUUCCCUCGACAUGAACAACGCCAAGAACACCUACAUCAUCGCCAUCCGUGUCGCGAACGCCGCUAAACAGAAGUAUUUCCACGGGGAUGUGCCGUUGGUACUGGAUUCGAUGCAGAAUUUGAGUGAGGCGAGGACGAGGAAGGUGAAUGAGCUGUUUACGCUCGCGGCGACAUUGGAGAUUGCGUGUUAUGAUCGGUCGAAGUUUCAUUUGGAGAAUACCGUUGCGGCGGUCGCGAGGAAUGAUCCAGUGUUGGACUCGACGAUGUUUGUCAAGCAUAAUGCUGGGGGGUGGUUAGAGCCUGCGGAAUUCGCGUUCCAGCCGAGUCCGAUUUGGCAUGAUUCUGAUGCGAUCGACACGAGUGAUGCAUCGAAAGUGUACUUGCGGAACUUGGUGGGGAAGAGUCGUGGAGAGUUACGGGAUAUGAACGCGACUGUCGAGGCUAAGAAACGGGAAAUUGAAGGGCUCAAAAACCUACGCGACGCAUAUACCAAAACCCCGAGUUUAGGCAACGGUGACGAAGUUGCCGCCAACCUCCUCGAAAGUCAACGCGCAGUGACGAUCCUCGACUCCCGCCGCCUCGCGCUCCAAAUUGAGCUCGACACAGUCCACGCCGCAGUCGGCGAUCUCGACCUCAACUCCGCCCCUCAUGAUUUCAAGAGCGCCUCAUUCACCAUCCCAACGACCUGUGGUUUCUGCCAAGGCACAAUCUGGGGCCUGGCCAAACAGGGCUUCGUGUGUCGUGCGUGUGGCUUCGCGUGUCACGCAAAAUGCGAGAUGAAGGUUCCGGCGAGUUGUCCAGGUCAAGUCGUUCAGAAAACCUCCAAGAAGGAUAAGAGGAAGAGUAAAGCUGCGGGAGCUGUGAGUGAUGGCGAGGAGGGCCCGGGGACGUUGUCGAGGACGAGUACGCAGAGUUCGGUGACGAAUUCGGUGUAUAGCAAUAUUGUCAACGCUGCCCGAACGCCAGGCUCGCCACGUCGUGAGAUCGCGUCGCCGUUUGGGAUAGGGAGUAUCGAGCGCUCGUUACCACCUGCCGCGACUUCGAAGCAGGUGCAGACUGCCAGAGUGAAUUUCGCGUGGCAAGCGAAUGAUGAGACGGAGUUGAGCGUGAAUGAGGGCGAUGAGGUCGAGGUCGUCGUAGCGGACGACGGGAGUGGGUGGAUGACCGGAAGGAUUGGGGGACGGGAGGGUGUGGUGCCUGCGAGUUACGUUACGCUCAACCCCCCACCUUCGCCCGCUGCCGCUGCCGCUGCUCCUGCAUCUACCCCCGGAGCGGCACAUUCGAGAACAUUAUCGAUCUCCAGUAUGGCUUCCUCACUCAAGAAAAAGGGACCAGCUGUUGCACCGAAACGUGGUGCCAAGCGACUGAAAUAUGUCAAGGCGCUGUAUGACUAUGAAGCGCAGACUGAAGUUGAGUUGUCGAUUCGGGAGGGUGAUGUGAUUUUGCUGGUGAAAGAGGAUCAAGGCGAUGGGUGGGCCGAGGGUGAGAUUGGAGGUGUUCAGGGGAGUUUUCCGGCGAAUUAUGUGGAGGCGGUUGAUGUGUCAUCCAACAGACACCCCACCGGCGCCGAAAUCGAUAACUGGAACUCAGCUUACUCACCUCCUCGAGUUCCUCUGCUCGCGUACGGGUUUGGUGCAGAAAAGCCCACACUACCUGCCUACCUCUCCAUCCUCGGCUACUACGUCUCUGGAGCCACCGACGAUUUGGAGGCUCUUCGUGAGGCUUACGACGCUGCCGAACUUAAGCCUGCAGGAGUGGUGGUUGAUAAGAAUAUUACGAAGGAGGAAGUUACGAGGGUGAGAGAGGAGAUGACGGGUGUGCCCGUGUUGUCUAUCAGUUUUGAGUUGUUGACAGCUAGUACGAUGAGGGGGGAGGUGGCACAGGUUAAUGACUGCUUUUUCGAGACGAUUUGGAAGACAGGGUUGGGGGCUUCGUUGAAGGCCAAUUGAUCGGAAGGUUGCGUAUCGAAUUUCUGUUUCCCAGUGAGUUUUGUAUAUCAUUUGGG